UAGUGAAUUAACGGUGUUCAAAAAUAAUGUAAAAGGAUAUUUUAUAUGGACAAAAUAUGCUUAGAUAUAAUAGAAUAUAAAGAAUGGAGAAGUAUAAUUAGAUAAGAAAGUGUAGAGACUUAAUAGUUCCUGGGGCAAAGCUCAGAGGUAGACCGAGAAAAACUUGGCAGGAGGUAAUAAGGACAGACUUGAUGCAGAGGAUUUUGGGUUAGAGCUAACACAGUGUCGAUCAGAUUAAAAGAAGGUUAAUAAUAUACCUCGUCCAACCCAUGCUAGUAUGGAAAACGGACGUGAAGCUGAAAUGAUAAUAGGUUAAUGACGUAAGUGAGGCUAGUAAAGUUUGUGUUUGAUGAAAAAGAUAAAUGUAUAUGAUUAAUAUCAAAGUUUUUCUGUUACUAGGUACAUUGUUAAUGAAAACAAAAAUUGAAAGAGUUUCUCUAAGUUUUCGCUGGGUCUGAUGACCCAAGUGUCAUUGUAUGGAUUUUAAAUUAUAUUAUUAUUUGAUUUUACCAAAGAUUCAUGAAAAACGUCUUUUGGUGAAUAAAGUUUCAUUUCCUAUUUUAGCAGUCCAUUAGAAAUAUACAACUUUAUUUAAUUCGUUUUUUAAGAAACUAAGCAAAGGGCCUAGAAGACUAUGUUUCUUAUUUUUUCAUGAUUUUUGCAUUAAAAGUUUACAAAUAGGGGUUAUUUAUUUAUCAUUUAGCAUAAAUAAUACACUGGGGAAUUCUAACCUUUGACCUCUAUUUGUGAUGUCAUAUACCUUUGAAUCAAUGAUGUUCACAAUGAUGACAAGUUGAUGAUUGUGUCAUGUCAUCACUAUUGACCCAGAUUAAUAAUACGUCAUCUAGCCAUAAGAAUCAAUAAUUUAUUAGAUCCAAAGAAGAUUUUUUGUAGGGUUCACUUAAUAAUAAAAUUUUGUAGAGAAGAUGUAAUUUUUUAUGAGGCACGGAAUUCUAAUUAAAGCUAUUAAUUGGGACACUUCAAGGAAGUAAUUAACACAGUUAUUUGGAGGAAAGAGUGGUUGGGCAUGCAGCAAAAGAAAAUGGUGUGAUUCAUGUUGUAUUUGUUUUUGUAUGAAUGAAGACAAAAUGGUAGUAUUAACUAAAGCGGCACAAAUUAUUACUUUGAGUUACUUAUCAGUUUGUUUUGUUAUUAUCUGGUGUGGUAAUCUGGUGUUAUGGAUAUAUCUGAGGCGAACAACUUCAAAGGCUUCCACAUACAUAAAAGCAAUAAUCAUUGCUACAUUACCAGUGGUUGUUAUAAGUUUACCACUCAACAUGUUUCAAGUUUUUAUGAAUUUUCGUGAUGGAGGCAGUUGUAUGCAUAUCCGCUUUUUACAGUAUAUUACUCUCUUCUUUCCUAAACUGACGGUAGUCAAUCUUAUAGCUGUCAUGUCUCUAGUGCGGUAUCUUGAUAUCAUAAAUUGGAAGCAUAAACAUUUACUUGAAUAUACAAAAACAAUUGUUACUUGUGUCACUGUCUAUACGUUGAUUUUAUGCACACCGAUUGUGUAUGAAAUGUACCUGUAUUUUUUGAGCCCCACACCUCGUAGUGUAUGUAUAGAAAAAACACAUGGUAAAGAAGCUCCCUUACCAGCACCAAUUUACAGUCUUGUUUCAAUCACGUUUAGUGUGACGUCUGCAAGCUUUGUUGUUCUUGUGACCACAGUUUGUUUGCUACGAUUAGUACACCGUCAUGAAAAAUCAGUUUCAAAAAUAUUUCGCAAAAAAGUCAGAAUGGAUACAAGGCGUAUCAUGGCAACGCAAAUUUUAUGGAUAUCUUUCGCUGUCUAUUGGAUGCCUUAUGGAAUACUACAUACGCUCGGUAACAGUAUUGCUGUUUCGAAGUACGUCCAUUGUGCCAUUAUUUUGCAAGCUAUUGCGUAUUCAUCAUUUUUUACUUUACCAACUGUUUAUUAUGCAAUGGAUUUUGAGUAUGGAAAAUACAUAACUAAUAUAUUUAAAAGAAUUUUGCGAAAACUAAUGAAAUAAAGACAGAUGUUAUAUUUCUAACAUUGUAUUUCUGUUGCUAACUCAAAUAAUAGCAAUAAUUAGUAAAUGACAAUUAUUGUAAAUUAUUUUUAUUAUGCCAUUAUAAACUAAAUAUAAAUCUUUUUUAACAGUGAAUGAUUAAAAUAGUAGCUGAAUAACCCGAAGGAUUUAUUCGUGUAUAGUCCGAAUUGUUUUUAUAAAACUUGUUUUUUGGUUUAUUAUGUUAUGUUAGUAGCGUAUUUAUUUGUUUAUUAUGAAGUAUUUUUUAUUUGUAUAAUCAUAUUUGUUAUAUAACUUCCCCAUUUCCAUCAAAUUUGCAUCGAAUAUGCAGGCAUAUUAUGAUGUAAGAAUAAUGUAUUUUUUUUGUCUGUUUUUAAUACAGUGCAAUUGUCAUGAUCCAGCUAUGCUAUGUUUUUUAUAGGUAAUUCCACAUUUUUUUUCACUGAUUUUUUAUUGCUAUGUAUACAUCACACUAAAUGUUUUAUUUUUUCAGAAUUUUCGUAUUCAAUAAAAACUGUACAUUUUAAUGCUGUGUAAUGACAACUUGACCUUUCUGUUUUUAUGAAUUGUUUCCUCUAUUUCUUGAGUUAUUUCCUUUCUAGCAGUGCUGUCUCAUGCUUGCUAUAGAUGAGAAGAAUUCGGACAGUAAUGUCUAUGCCUUGUAAAUGCAAUAACUCAUUAGACUUUUUUGUUUCUGUUGAUAUAUUUUAUUUGCUGUGUAUAUUUCUCCUUAUACUUUUUAAAGGUAUUAUGAAAUAUGUUAAUUUUGUUUGUUACAAAUUUUGUUUGUUACAAAUAGUUUUACUACGUAAAGAAUAAAAUAAAAUUUGUAGGAUUUUAUUUAAAAACUGUAAUUAAAAACAAAAAUGAAAGACUUCCAAGUUAAUUAAAUUAACCCUAAUUCAAAAAUAUA